UCUGCGUCAAGCACCCGUAUCCGACCCCUUGCACGGCCAUCCAGCGCGUGUUUCCACUGACAGAACGCGAGCACCCCCACUUUCGCUCCUCUAACUCGAAGAAAACGCACCGCCCCACCACAGAUGAGCAGCAUGGGAGAUGCCAACCUCCUCGAACUGAACCCAUCAGUGAAGGAGAUGGACGCUACUGAGAGAGAGAGCGUGCUGAGCAAGGUCGCACUGAUCAAGGCUAUCUACAUCGCGAAGGAGAACAUCGAGAAGUACGAGCAGAAACUCGAACAACUCACUCAAGUGGUGAACGAACUGCCGGACGAAUCUGACGAUAUCUACGCGGCUCCACCGCCUCCCCCGUCCAUAACGCCCUUUCUGCAAAAAUACAAGAUGGUGGACGCGUCCGAAAACCGUCGAAUACAAGUGCAAGACUUCAAUAUCGCCAAGAGAGAAGCCAAAAACACCAUAGAAGACCUGAUGCUCCAGAUCGCCGCUCUGAAAUCCAUUCUGCACACAACUCUCUUGCCAAGGAUACCCGAAUUGGAGGCGAUAAUUCGAAAUUCGGAUGUGAAGCUGUAGCUCCCUUUACAGAGGGAGCUUUCCCCCCGAGGAACGAUUAUUCGCGCCGCUUUCGUACAAUCAGCGGGCUUCGCGACGGACGGCGUGCGACCGCGGUGCUCGUCUGUCGUGCGUUCCGCGCAAAAAAAAAAAACUCAAAAAUAAAACAUAAACC